AUGAUCCCCAAGAAAGUCUACGAGCUCUGCCAAAGCGGCGAGUCGGUUACUUCCGAGCUGGCCAAAGAUCCGUCCCUCUCCCCUCAUGCGGCAGCCAAGAAGCUCUUUGGCCUCGAUUUCGACGACGAGGUUGUCACUAAGAAACUGGACCUGGCCAAGGAAGAAGCCAGUGAUCUGGAAGAGGCCCGCAAAUGUGGAAAAUGGGGCAAGUCCAACCCCAGCGACCUGUUCCUGAGGAUCUAUCAUGAUGUCCUAUGCACGCUGGAGAAAAACCCCUUGGUGGGCGUCUGCUCUCCGUCACUCCUCGGAAGCAAUGGCGUGUGCCCGCUCACAAUCAUGGCAACGGUUCCUGACAUCUGCCGACAUAUGUCCAAUGUGAUAGCGAGGGCAGAACGAGAGGUUUUCCUGGCGACCAACUUUUGGAUGCAUUCAGAACCUACCAGGCUGAUUACGAAUGCGCUGAGAGAGCUUUCGAGAAAAGCUGUCCAGACCGACCGUCGGGUCGUCGUCAAGAUCAUCUACGACAGGGGAAGUGCGAAACAGUUUGUGAAAAACCACCUCAUAGUACCCCCGAGCGAAUUUGCGGAUCCAAAGGGCAAAAUUCGAAUUCCUCAUCCUGAUGAGCUGCCAAAUGUCGACAUCGAAGUCAUGAAUUUUCACCGUCCAAUGUUCGGCACCUUUCAUGCCAAAUACGUGGUAGUAGAUCGCCGAGUUGCCAUUUUACAAAGUAACAACAUCCAAGACAUUGACAACGUGGAGAUGAUGACACAGUGGGAAGGCCCAAUCGUUGAUUCAUUCUAUGAUCUUGCGCUCAUUUCGUGGCACAAUGCGCUCAAGCCACCACUGCCGCUGUUGAACCAGCCUGCUGCGGAUAGUCCAAUUCCGACAUUCGCAAGCGAGAGCUAUGUGGCCAUGUUUGACGAGAAUGGAAAGUUGGUCCCGGAGUAUCAAGCGCCCACGCCGGUUCCUGAUGGGCACGAGAACCUAAGGGAGCUUGCCAAGCACGGUUCGCAGACCAACAUGCCCCAGCAUACAUCACAAGACCCUCAUUACGACCCAGACAUCAAAUCGGAGGUCUUGCGCGCUAUGGCUUUUUUGAGCCCGCGCGAAGGGGAGACACGGAUCAAUGCAAUCACCCGCCUCCUAAACACGACAAUUCAACCUGACACGAAAGGGAGCGCACCCGACAUUGAACCGGCCGAUACGAUGACCCCUCUCAUACCAAUACCACGACAUGACCCUUUCCCGAUUGCCAUGGUUUGCAGACUGCCAUGGGGAACACCAAACAAGCACAGUCUGCAUACCCCGCAAAAUGAGGCCUUCGCCUCUGCUCUUCGUCAUGCGACAGAGUCGGUUUUCAUCCAGACUCCCGACCUCAACGCCGAAGCGCUCCUGCCCGAAAUCGUGGCUGCGUGCCGACGUGGGACCAAGGUCACUUACUACUAUUGUCUGGGAUACAAUGAUGCGGGUGAACUGCUCCCUAUGCAAGGAGGGCACAACGAGAUGAUAGCGAAUGGACUGUACCGCGAUGUAGGACCUGAACAUCGCCAAAACCUUGACAUCUAUGCCUACGUAGCCAAAGACCAAAUCCACCCAAUCCACAACAAAUUCAAGCAGCGGUCAUGCCACAUCAAAUUGAUGAUCGUGGACGGCCACAUUGGAAUUCAAGGCAACAGCAACCAGGACACGCAAAGCUGGUAUCACAGCCAAGAAGUGAAUGUCAUGAUUGACAGUCCCUUGGUGGUGGGCAAGUGGAUGGAGGGAAUCAAACAGAACCAAAACACCCACAUCUAUGGAAAAGUCGAGAAGGAAGGACCUGAUGCUGGAUGUUGGAAAGAUCCGAAGACCGGACAGCAGGCCGAGGGCGCGAUUGGUGUUGAUCCAGGCAAGUUUGCGUGGGCCAAGGGGUUUGUUGGUGCAGUGCAACGGGUUCGAGGGAUGGGUGGGUUUUGA